AUGGCGCCUGUAUCCAGGGAUCGACGAGCUCUCGGGAGGCAUACCUCUCAUGACGCCAUAUAUCAACCCUUCAUUGUCACGACGUCACUGGGCAGGCCCAACAAAGCUACGCGCAAGCUCAUUCGGAGCCAUGUAAUGCGCGGCAAGAAUCGCGCUAAGCAUGUUGAGGCUGGAGUGGUCUAUGGAUCGUGGAUCAAUAGUUCACUCCCAGCUAAGCCGGCGGGGAUUUUAAAGGCGGAAGAGACGGGGUUAUGGAUCCCCCAGCCCCGUACGCUCUGUCGAGACCUGGAAACAUUCACCUUUGCAGACCAAAUUAAACCGUAUAUGUUGGAUCUGAUCUUCAAGUUCUUUACAAUAUUGAAGCAGUCAGUGUACCCGAUUGAAUUUUGCCUAGAGUUCGAUCCAAAAGCGUCAGUCUGGUAUAAAUAUCUCUUAUCUGAUGCAGCCUGUCAUCAUUCGCUGCUAUGGACCACUCAGUCGUAUUUCGAUUGGAUACAGGGCUAUUCCCUCUCCCCGAAGGCCUUGUUCCAUGAAGCCAAAACCCUCGAACUCCUACAAUACAGGAUAAAUGAUCCCGCGUCUGCCCUUAAUGACACUACCAUUGCGGUAGUUGUUACGUUAGUUAUGGUCAGCGCACUUGUUGGCCAUGUGAGCGUGGUCAAGAAGCACAUGCAGGGGCUCAAUAUGAUCAUCACUCUGAGGGGCGGCAUGAGAGAGCUGGAAAAGAAUGCUCAACUUCAGAUCAAAGUGUGCCGUGCCGACCUUUGUACCGCACUUCUAAGCGGGAGUGAGCCGUUCUUCUUUUCUGAAGAGAUGACAUGGCAGCCUUAUUUGGCCCGACCUGCUGAUAUCAACGACUUUCUAGCCACGCACUUUGCUGGCUGUAAUAUCGAUAAGAGGUUAGCUGGCGUUGCCGCUGACCUUCGACGCUUCUCCAUAUCAACAAACUUGGCCUUUGCUACCGGCCGUAAGAUUGCUGGGGAGGUUUAUCAAGAAACAUUAAUCUCAACUCAGUACCGACUUGCCACUUUGAAGUUCGACUCAGAAGAUAUAAAUGAACUUCUCCGUCUAGGACUUUUGGUAUUUUCCUCGAGCGUAUUCCUCCAAGGUGGAGGCCUCAGAGGACGGUUUCCCUCUCUUUCAGCGCGGUUUAAACAAACUCUAUCAAAAGUGGACUGGACAAACCCAGUCCCCAAGAGAAUUGGUCUCUGGCUCCUGAUUUCGGGACUGGUUGCCGCUGUCACUCACGAGGAUGAUGACGUACUUAUACCAUUAUUGCAGGACCGGUGUCGUGAAUCGGGUCAAUAUUCUUGGAGCGGAGUCCGAAGCAUCCUAAAGAGUGUCAUGUGGAUUGAUGCGCUGCAAGACAAGAGCGGCAGACAAGUAUACGAUCGAGCCAUCUUGGUUGAACAAAUUUGA